AUGCUUAGCCGAAAUAAGUUGCGUGAAAUUUUGUCGAAGCAUCAACAACAGGCCUUCGAGGGAAGCAAAAUUUUAUCGUCAAAAAGUGCAAAUGAAAAAAUCAAAAAUAUAAGUCUAGGAAAACCGAGUGAAAAAAUUUUUCUGGAGAAUAUAGAGGAUAGUGAUGUGAUGAAACCCGUUGGAAUGACUGGACGGCGUACCCCAAUUGAAUAUUUCACUUAUAAAGAAGAUAAUUUUCAUUAUAAAAAGCCGAGCGAGCACACCGACUACAGCAGAUUGGACAUCUUUCAUCGAGCUGUAAGUCCAAUACUCAUUAUAGGUCAAUGUUUCUCGCUAAUGCCCGUUCAAGGAGUAGGCCAGCCGAACCCGCGUCACGUGCGGUUUUCAUUCAAGACCUUACGAGUGCUGAUCACUUUGAUAUUUUUAGUUGCAAGCUCUGCAUUAAAUCUGGCGAUGAUGAAGCAUUUGGCUAGAAUUGGUGUAAACGCGAAAAAUUUAGUCGGCGUUGUGUUUUUUACAUGCGUACAAUCAUCGACGAUACUGUUUCUUUCGUUGGCGCAACGUUGGCCCCGGCUUAUUCGUUUUUGGACCCGCACUGAAAUGAUCUUCAUACGCAAGCCAUAUGAAACGCCGAAACGUGAUUUGUCGACACGCGUGCGUCGCGCUGCGGUCACAAUAAUAUUCCUCUCAGCAGUGGAGCAUUUGUUGUAUCUGGCAUCCGCUGUAGUCUCACAAUAUCGCAGAGCAAAUUUCUGCGCCACUCUACAAAAUAGUACAGUUCAUUUUACUUUCGAGGAUUACACCUACAAAAAUUAUGAUUAUGUCUACGAGCUAUUCCCCAACACCACGCUAGUUGGCUGUCUUAUUUUGGUUGUGAAUUUCAUAUGUACUUUCGUUUGGAACUACAUGGAUCUAUUCAUAAUGAUGGUCGGCAAAGGCAUCGCUUAUCGCUUCGAGCAAAUGAAAAUGCGUAUAAAUCAUUUGUUAAAUAAGGAAGUACCUGAGUCGAUUUUUAUGGAAAUAAGAGACCAUUAUGUUAAAUUGUUGGAACUACUCGAAUAUGUGGAUGAUGACUUGUCAGGCAUUAUUUUACUCUCCUGUGCUAAUAAUCUCUAUUUCGUUUGCUACCAAUUGCUGAACAUCUUCAAUAAAUUGCGUUGGCCAAUUAAUUACGUUUACUUUUGGUUUUCGCUACUCUUCUUAAUCGGACGGACGGCUUUUGUUUUUCUAACAGCAGCAUCCAUCAAUGACGAGGCAAAAGACGCAUUGGGUGUGCUGCGGCGUGUGUCGGCUAAGACCUGGUGUGUUGAGGUGGAGCGAUUAAUUUUUCAGAUGGCAACUACGACGGUGGCCUUAUCUGGGAAGAAGUUUUACUUUCUAACUAGACGUUUACUUUUUGGGAUGGCAGGCACCAUUGUCACCUAUGAAUUGGUCUUGCUGCAAUUCGAUGAACCCAACCGUUCCAAAGGUCUGCCACAUCUAUGCGCUUAGUGCCUUUAAACACUCACCGACUGAUAUGACAACAACGCACGCCCAUUACAAGGAAAAGCGAAGUAAACAACAAACACCUACACAUACACACAACAAUGCUGCUCUCCCUUCAUACCACCUGUGCUUACAACGAGCUUUUCUGGUUCAAGUUUUAUUAUAUCCGCUUGUGGUUCCUAAUGAGUAAUGGUGAACUCCUGCCAAAUUGCAAACAUACAUAUGUACAAACUUAUGUGUGUACGUGUCUUAUACAUACGUAUAGCCCUCGUGCAGAGCAUUGUCCCUGUUACUAUAGAGGUUGCUGCUGAUGAUUUUGUUGUCAUGUCUAUCUGCGAUUGUCACACGAUUUAAUUAGCAACAUGGCAAGCAACGCCUCUGAGCAAUUGCAACCGCAUUCACACAUGCGGACCGAAUAUUAAUGCAAGGACAAAUCUACAAGUGCACCAUGCCUUUAGAUAUGUCGACAUUUGUAUGUAUGAAAAUGGUAUAUUCAACGAGUUACACCACCCACCAUCGAGAGCUGUAAGCAAAAACUGCACACCUACACAUUUACACAUAUCAAAAAUCGGCUAGAGAAGGAGGGGAAGCAGAAACUAACUGUAUUAACCGGAGUUUACAUGCAAUGUCAGCUAAGGGACCAUUUAAAAUAUUUACCUCAGUUUUGGCUUCUCAUUUCCGGCAAUAUGUGAAAA